CGGCGCGGCGCGGGGCGGGGCAGGGCAGGGCAGGGGCGGCGGCGGCGGCACCCGGUGGCGGCCGGGGGGUAUCCCGGGCCGUGCCUGUCCCAUGUCCCGGCCCCCAGCGCCGCCCGGCUCCCCGUGCCUCUUCGGGGCCCUCAGCACGGCUCAGCUCCGCGCUCUGCUGCAGGACGAGCCCCGGCUGCAGCGGGCCGCCCGUCUCAGCAGGAAGUUUCAGAGUCUGCAGCUGGAGCGGGAAAUGUGUUUGGCUUCAAACUGCACCCUGGCCAGGGUGAACCUGUCCAUGCGCCCACGGCUGGAGGAUGGGAAGGCUUCCCUAGCCAUCAAGUACCAGGAGCUGCGGGAGAUACGAGAGGCAUGUUGGGACAAGCAGCAGCGCCUGGAGGCAUACCUGGAGAACUGGAGCCUGCAGAGCGCCCUGGGCCAGCUCCAAGCCAAGCUCAGUGCCUCUGAGGCAGAGUCGGAGGCACAGAUAGAGCAGUUCCUGGCCCAGGACCUGUCCCUCGAUUCCUUUCUGGAGUCCUUCUGCCAGAGCCGCACGCGCUCUCAUGUCUGCCGGACGCAGCUGGAGAAACUGCAGGAGCUGUUGCAGAAGGACCAGGUGGGCAGGGACCCUGCGGGCCCCGCAGGGUGCCCAGGUACCCUGGCUAGCCCAGCACCAGCCCACCUUGCCCCGCUGCGGAGCGGAGUAGCCCCCAAAGCUUUUGAUCUCUCCUAUGGCUUUGUGCCUGCCUUUCUUAUCCCCUCGGAGGCUGUUGUGCCCUUCACCGUGCCAGCUGCACCUGCCAGACACCAUCUCCCAGCCCUGGGACACCAGCCAGGAUCUCCCUGCUCUGAAAUCCCCAGCCUGGGCUCACCCCUGUGCCUGUUCAGACAAAUCUCCCUGCUCAGCCCCCAGCCCUUCCGCAAGCAGCAGCAGCCACGACACCAGAAGCAGAAGCCUCCAUACCGGUAGCAAGGCAUGUCCCUGCUCCUGGCCCUGUGCCCCCACGGGGGCUGUGCAUGAACACCCUGGCCAGGGAGCACAUGUGGUGCAGGCACAGCUUCAAGGGGCUGCGUUGUCUGUUGGGCAGGCACAGGGGCAGGUGCUCACAGGAGGAUGGAGGUGCUUGGUGGGGUGGCUGGGCAGUGGGUCCCCACACCUGAGGAGCUGCCAGUGCAGGGAGGUCUCUGCAUUCACAGCAGGAGGAACAGUGACAGGAGAUGGGGGCGGGUGGUUUUUAGGGAUGUCAGUGGGCUCAGUUGGGUGGGAGAUAGCAAGGAAAAGGGCUCAGGAGCACUGGGCGCCAUGUGUUUUCUAAAUAAAGGCUCUUUUCCAUG